AACCAUCCACAGGCGGGCAACGUGCGCGAUCGCUCCCCUUCCUGCCUCAGCCGGACCCCAGCGUUUUGUCCUGUUUUUCCUUUCCCUCCCUCUCAGACUCGGUUUGCUGGUCUCGUCCCUUCUUCUGCCCCUCCUUUUCCUUCUUCCGGAAAGACAAAGGCGGACCCAGUCUUUCGGUAUAGCGUUUUAAGCUGUAAAGGAGCGAAGCGAAAGCCCAGGCGGAAUCACGAAGAAAGAGUUGAACACAUAAUCAAGAAAAAUGCAAUCAAAUCAACCACCACCUGCAGAAGCACCUCCAGGAUACCAAGGCCCAGGUUAUCCAGGCCCAGGUUAUCCAGCUGUCCAGGUCCAAGCUGGAAUUCCUCAGUAUGUAUCUGGAUUUCCUCAAUAUAUGCCUCCAUCAACUUUUCCAGUUCAACCUAAUGCAGGUUCAGUGGCUCAUACAGUAGCUUAUGGAGCUUUCCCCGUUUCCAGUGCACCUGCUGCAGCUUUACCUGUGGUUUGGAUGCCAACCCCACCAACUCCUCCCAAAUGCCCGCCUGGAUUAGAAUAUUUAAGUCAGAUUGAUCAGUUGUCAGUUGAACAGCAGAUUGAGCUUAUGGAAAUGAUAAGUGGCUAUGAAACUUGUAAUAGGUAUGAAGUAAAAAAUGCCAUGGGGCAGUGGAUAUAUUUUGCGGUGGAAGAAAAUGAUGACUACAAUCUGAACUGUUACGGGCCUUUGAGAUCAUUUACCAUAAAACUCUUUGACAGUAAAAACCAGCCAGUCAUACAAUUGUCAAGGGCUUUCCAAUGCUCCAUUUGCUGCUGUCCUUGUAUUUGCUGUCUGCAAGAGCUUGAGGUUCAAGCACCUCUAGGGACAGUCAUUGGAUAUAUUAAACAGAAGUGGCACCCCUGCUUGCCCAAAUUUGUGAUCCAGAAUGAGGCCAGAGAAAGCAUUUUGAAACUGCAUGGACCUUGUGUACCAUGCCGUUUUUAUGAGGAUAUUCAUUUUGAGGUGAAAUCCUUAGAUGAAAGAUCAACAAUUGGAAAAAUCUCUAAGAAAUGGACAGGAUUGGCAAGGGAAGCUGCCACAGAUGCCAGCAACUUCAUAAUCCAAUUCCCAGUGGAUCUUGAGAUUAAAAUGAAAGCCCUUUUGCUUGGAGCUUGCUUCCUAUUGGAUUUCAUGUUUUUUGAACGUGUUGCAUCAAAGCAUGAGAACCAGACAUAACCAGAUGAUGUCUACCCUUGUUCCUGACUUCAGAGAAAAUUCUAUACUGUUGCUUUUGUUGCUUGACCACCAGUUAGUCUAUUGCUUAUUGCUCAUAUAUUGCUUAUAUGAGAGAUUUUCAUGAAAACAACAGAUUGCUGAAAACUGUGGUUAUGGCCACUGUGCUCUCACAUAUGCAGGCAACUAGGCUGUGGGCUCUUAUGAGGCAGGGGGUGUUACUCUAGAAUAUGUGAUAUAUAGCAAAACUCAACUGGCCAUGGUGCUUCUAGAGGGACUUCAAUGAUAUCCCCAGAUGAGAGAUCUUGCAGCUGAAUAGGAACCAUGGAGGGAAUCAUGUCCUUUUCUUCUGUGGCUUUAUAUCAGCAUUUUCCACAAAGAAAGAAAAAAAGAGACUGUAUUCUAUAUCUGAAAAAAAUAUAAUGCAAAUGUAAAAGAUCAUUUUGGUUUGGGGCAAUUCAAGUAAAAACCUAAAUAGUGAUCUUACUGUA